CUUAGAUACUUGUACUAGUGAGGUUAAUUGGAUUACUUUAAAGGUGCCUUCUGCAAAAAAAAAAAAAAAAAAAACAGAUAAUAUAGAAGCUCAAGGAGUUCCCUCAAGCACUUCAAACAGUACCAUGGGUUCUCAGCCAAUUCAAACCUUCAGCGUUGAAGAGCAGCGGCGGCGGCAUCUUAACAUGGAAGAUGCUACUAGUCAGCUUGAGAUGGCACAGUGGGUGCUGAAUUCUCCUGAUCCACCAGGCCUAUUGCAAGAGCUCAGUAGUUCAGUGAGAGAAAUUAUUUUCCCUCAUGGAAAAAAGCACACUUCAUCAACUGCGAGGCGAAAACAACAAAGCCGUGCCAUGGAAUUCUUGCAAGGGGUAUUUCCGAUCCUGAGAUGGGGUAGGGAUUACAAAGCUUCCAUGUUUAAAAACGACCUAAUGGCAGGUUUAACUCUUGCGAGCCUUAGCAUUCCUCAGAGUAUUGGAUAUGCUAAUUUAGCAAAACUUGAUCCUCAGUAUGGCCUGUAUACUAGUGUUAUCCCACCUCUGAUUUAUGCUAUAAUGGGAAGUUCAAGAGAGAUAGCCAUCGGCCCUGUAGCUGUGGUAUCUAUGCUGCUCUCUUCCAUGAUUGGGGAGAUACAAGAUCCUUUAGCUGAUCCAGUUGCCUAUAGAAACUUUGUUUUUACUGUUACCUUGUUUGCUGGAACCUUCCAAGCCAUAUUUGGACUGUUUAGGUUGGGUUUUCUUGUGGACUUCCUUUCUCAUGCAUCCAUUGUUGGAUUUAUGGGGGGUGCUGCCAUUGUCAUUGGUCUUCAGCAACUGAAAGGGCUGCUUGGAAUCAGCCAUUUCACCACCAAAACUGAUGUGGUUUCAGUUCUUCACUCUGCUUUUACAUCAAUUGACCAUCCAUGGAGCCCAUUGAAUUUCGUCCUCGGUUGUUCAUUCCUAAUUUUUCUCCUAAUUGCCAGGUUUAUUGGAAGGAGAAACAAGAAGCUCUUCUGGUUCCCAGCUGUUGCUCCCCUCGUGUCAGUAAUACUGUCCACUUUAAUUGUGUUUUUGACAAAAGCUGACAAGCAUGGAGUUAAGAUUGUAAGACACAUCAAAGGAGGCCUGAACCGGAGUUCAGUCCAUGACUUACAACUCAGUGGCCCACGAGUGGGGCAAGCAGCCAAAAUUGGGCUCAUUUCUGCCAUUGUUGCUCUUACCGAAGCCAUUGCUGUUGGCCGGUCUUUUGCUUCCAUAAAGGGCUACCACAUUGAUGGGAACAAGGAAAUGCUUGCCUUAGGCUUCAUGAACAUUGCAGGAUCUUUAUCUUCUUGCUACGUUGCAACUGGUUCAUUCUCAAGAACUGCUGUGAAUUUCAGCGCAGGAUGCCAAACAUUGGUGUCCAAUAUAGUAAUGUCUAUUACAGUACUUGUCUCACUAGAGGUGUUUACUAGGCUCUUGUACUACACUCCCACUGCGAUCCUUGCUUCAAUCAUUCUGUCAGCUCUUCCUGGACUCAUUGACAUACGGGGAGCUUAUUAUAUCUGGAAAGUUGAUAAACUGGACUUCAUCGCUUGCAUUGGUGCUUUCUUUGGUGUCUUGUUUGCGUCAGUGGAGAUUGGUCUUCUAGCUGCGGUCACAAUCUCAUUUGCAAGGAUAUUGCUGAAUGCCAUUAGACCAGGCAUAGAAGCACUUGGGAGACUACCAAGAGCUGAUGUAUACUGUGAUAUGAACCAAUAUCCCAUGGCCGUUAAAACUCCCGGCAUUUUAGCAGUCCGCAUCAACUCUGCCUUGCUUUGCUUUGCGAAUGCCAAUUUUAUAAGAGAAAGGAUAUUAAGGUGGGUGACAGAAGAAGUAAAUGAAAUUAAAGAAAGCACCGAGGGAGGGAUUCAAGCAGUAAUUCUUGACAUGUCCAAUGUAAUGAACAUUGACACGGCAGGAAUUCUUGCGCUAGAAGAGCUGCACAAGGAGUUGCUCAUUCAUGAAGCACAAUUAGCUAUAGCCAACCCCAAGUGGCAAGUGAUUCACAAGCUAAGGUUGGCCAAAUUUAUAGACAGAAUUGGAAGAGGGUGGAUUUUCCUCACUGUCAGUGAAGCCGUAGAUGCAUGUGUUAGCUCUAAAUUAACUGCCCUCGCAAACUGUUGAUGCGGAGUUUGGCGGCCUCUUGCUUAACCGAAUAAGCUCUUUUGCAUGGAGUAAAAAAAAAAAAAAAGCCUCGUGAGAAAUGAAAUAUUUAGCAUAAAUGUAAUCCUGUGAGUCUACUUGGAGUUACAUUUUUCAUGGAGGUAUGGUUGCGAAAAGUUUUUUUAAAAAAAGAUGACUUGUUUAGUUCAA